CAAGUAGUUAACAGGAUGAUUUUGUUCGCCUUAUUUUUCCUUCUUGGGUGCGUUUCUGUGAUCAGAUCAGACACUUGUUAUGGACAGAAGGAAAUUUCUCUUAUAUCAAGUAUAGAGUCCACUUUAAAUACUUUGAAAAACAGUUUGAAAGGGAAAUCUGCUGGGUGUCCAUCGGGAUGGAAGGAGUACAAGAAUCAUUGCUAUUAUACUUCACCUGACACCAAAACGUGGAAUAAAGCUGAGAAAAUAUGCAUACAGAUGGGUGGGUACCUAGCACAGAUAACAGAUUCUGCUGAAGAUGCAUGGGUUGUAAACUUGCUGAGAAAAGCGGUUCAGCAUCCCGCUGGCUAUUGGAUGGGUGCGGAAGACUUUAAAGACGGGAAAUGGAGAUGGACCAAUGACUCAUCUAAACUUCAAUAUUCCCAUUGGAAUGGUUAUGAACCAAGCAAUAGUGGAGGUGUAGAGCAUUGUGCUCACUUUUGGAAAUAUGCGAAUUUUAGAUGGAACGAUGCUCCCUGCUAUAAUAGUAAUGGUAUGGGCUACAUUUGUGAAAAAAACGAAGUUUACGAGAGAAUACCUGAUUCUGUGGUUAAACUUUAA